CAGCAGGCACCUUCCGCUCCUGUGUGCUGCUGCUCCAGGCCAGCGUGCACGGUCACCAUGGCGUCCAGUGAGGAGGACGGCACCAACGGCACCUCCGAAGCCGGCGACGAGAAGGAAGCCACUAGCAAGCGGAGACGCCUAGGCUUCCUGGCCACCGCCUGGCUCACCUUCUACAAUAUCGCCAUGACCGCCGGGUGGUUGGUUCUAGCUAUUGCUAUGGUACGCUUUUAUAUGGAAAAAGGAACACACAGAGGUUUAUAUAAAAGCAUUCAGAAGACACUUAAAUUUUUCCAAACGUUUGCUUUGCUCGAGGUAGUCCACUGUCUGAUUGGAAUCGUACCCACUUCUGUGCUUGUGACAGGGGUCCAAGUGAGUUCAAGAAUCUUCAUGGUAUGGCUCGUUACUCACAGCGUAAAACCCAUCCAGAACGAGGAGAGCGUGGUGCUUUUUCUGGUCUCCUGGACUGUGACUGAGAUCACUCGCUAUUCCUUCUACACUUUCCGUCUUCUCGACCACUUGCCGCACUUCAUUAAAUGGGCCAGAUAUAAUUUUUUUAUCAUCUUAUAUCCUGUUGGAGUUGCUGGGGAACUUCUCACAAUAUAUGCCGCCUUGCCUUAUGUGAAGAAGUCAGGAAUGUUUUCAGUGAGGCUUCCUAACAAAUACAAUGUCUCUUUUGACUACUACUACUUUCUUCUCAUAACCAUGGCCUCAUAUAUACCGUUGUUUCCGCAACUCUAUUUUCAUAUGUUACGUCAAAGAAGAAAGGUGCUUCAUGGCGAGGUGAUCGUAGAAAAAGACGAUUAAAUGAUCCCUACAAACAAGGUGCUUCUUCCAGAAAAACCAGAUUACUUGAGUCCAAGUUUUAAUAACAAGAAUAAACAACUUCGUUAAUAUCAUGGAUCGCAUUGUUUCUUGAAAUAUAAGGAAAAAUAUGGUGUUUGCCAGUCUUUGUCUUUGUACUGUGCUGCAUCUAGUUUUGAUAGCAACGGCAAAUUGAAACUGGUGGUUGAGGAGUGAGGGCGAAUCAUUUAGAAAACAAUUGGAUAUAUUACCUGGGGAAAGGACUUUUUGUUACCUUACUACUUUAUUUUACAACGUAUACGCAAGGCUUCUAAAAUCAAUAGGUAGAAAUUGGUUUCAUUAACAUGAUACCUACCAAUGACAUUUAUAUUUCAUUUAUAAAUGAAAGCCAACAUAAAAUUGUAACAAGUGAUUAAUAAUGUAUUAGAACCCUCAAUUCAUGGUUCAAAUUGUAGGUCAACAUUUCGGAUUGAUAGCAAUAUCUGCAAGUGUGGACAUGAUUUUCUAUGGUAAGUUUUUGAUGUAAAAUAGAAACAUAAAAAUAAUCCGAGUAAAUGCCAUAGAUGGAAAACAUUUCUUUGCCCGUAGGGGAGCGUUAUGGCUGCUGGAGACACAGCCAAGGCUCUUGUGCAUACCAGGCGAGUGCUUUGUCACCCAGUGGCAUCCUCUGCUCCAGGCAAACAUUCUUGGAAUAUUUUCCUGGACCGCUGGCAUCAUUUACUGAGCAAACUAACCUUUAUUUGCGUUAGUCACUCAAGGAUGGCUUUCUCAAUUGUCAGGGUUUGAAGAGGUUGGAAAAACCACACAUGUUUAUUUUGCCUACUGUUUAACAGGCGUUUAUGAUCAUAUUAAUUGUUUCCGGGGUUUUGGUUGAAAAAGCUCUGACCCAUAGAAUUAUCUUAUAAAACCAUGGUAUGAUGAACCUCUGUGUUACUUUAUAACUAAGCAUUUCUUGCUAUCAUCUGAAACAUUCAUUUUCUCCUGAAUUACACUGAGGAGAAAAAGUCUCAUGAUAAAACCCCCGACACCAUGUUUAACAGAAAGAUGUGUGGAGCAUAUCUUACUUCUGCUUUAAUUAAAUAGGGUCCUGAAAGAUUUCCCUCCUGUGGUAAAAUGUAUUGGCUGACGUUAGAGCUGCUGCAGAUGUGAUUGGAAGAGGCACUUUGCCCACGGUAGCUGCACAGAUGCAUUGUGGCUGCACGUGUUCUGUGUUGUGUGUACUUGCUGUCAACAUCUAGCCCACUCCGCCCAGAGUGGCUUGUCUGCGUGGAGCCAGCCGGCGCCCACAGGAAGUUCACACAAUGCUUUGGCCUUCAGAACAGGUUUUCAGGUUUGUUGUCAAUGACUUGAUUCUUUUCAAAGGUGCUAUUUUUGUUGGAUUGCACUUUAUGUUUCCUAUGCUGCUGACUUUGAAAGAGCACUGUGAACUAGGUCACGAGUUCUUCUCCCCAUUCUGCUCUGACACUGCCCGGUCAGUUUUCAUCUUGAGUUUUAUGAUGAAGAAACUUUUGGGAACUUCCCCACUUUGUGUGAGACACUCACAUUUAUUAAAUGCCUGUCUUAUGAAAAUGUUUUCAAUUAUAUUCCUAAAGUGUGCAUUCAUUUAAUCUGCACUCCCGCCAAGAAGCUGUAAUACUUCCCCACUUCCAGUUAUAGACUAUCCUGAAGUAGGAAUUAUAACCAACUUUAAUAAAACAUGAAUUCUAAAACUAUUUGGUGACUUAGAUUAAUAUACUUAAAAUGUGUAAGCUUUAGAUUUAGUUUGUUAUCCCCUAGAGUCAAGCAAUUUUAAACUGACACUCUAUGCAUUAAGUGCUAAGUGGUGUUUUGAUUUUAGGAGGAAAAAAAACCUAUUUGAAAUUCACUGUGCUGUGACUGGAUCUGCGAAUUUCUCCUGAAAUCACCCUAACCUGCGAACCAGGGCUUGAAUCAAAUAGAAUUUGAAUUCUAUAAGCAUUUGAAAAAUAUACACUGACAACUUUUGAUACUAGCAACAUUUGAUUAUAUUUGGUGACAGUCACUAAAAUUCUGAUGUAAGCUUGAUAUCUGAUUAAUUGUAUAGUAUGCAAACUGAAAGAUUUCCAAUGUGUUAAUGCUGAUUUAGUAUCAGUAAAGAGCCCUGAUAGUUGCAACUUACAAAAAUGGCAAAAUAAAUAUGAUCACAUCUUCACUGAAAGCCUUUGUUGCCUGAGAUCUGUUUGCUUUCAGAGGUGUUUUUGCAUAUUGAGAUUUC